GGCCAACCUCCUCUGUAUACAUCCGGUAUAUCCUAGAAACAGUUCUAGAUCCUGGUUAAUAAUACAGAUCUAUGCUGCGCUGAGCUAGCUGCAGCACUUUAAUACCGAUCUAUACUAUCUUUCAAGAUUUGUGUUCCACCACCAAUUAAGAGUGGUGAAGAUUCCAGAAAAAGACAGUUAUAAUUAUUACGAAAAGCAUCUGUUCCUGAGCAACUUACAUGUCUAGUAUGGGCACUUGUCAGAGCUCUCAGCAGCCUAUUGUGGUAGACAACAUCGGAGAUCCUCCUGCUGCUGAAUCAUAUGCUGAACCGAGUAACACAUCUGUUGAUGUGAUCUGUGGCAGCCAAUUGAAUAGCGUUGACGAUUUAAUUGGCUUCCCUGUGUUCCCUGAAGGCAAUAAAUCUUCUGUAGCUCGUUUCAAUACACACAAGAUAUGGGACGAACUGAAAGACAAGAAAGAUGCUCAUGGUGUGUCUUACAAACUGUGUAUCUUCUCAGGCUGCAAGAAUGUGGACUCUGGAAUCGGUGUGUAUGCUGGAUCACACGACUCCUACAAAACUUUUUCACUUCUGAUGGAUAAAGUGAUCGAGGACUACCACGGACAUAAACCAGAAGACACUCAUGUGUCUGACAUGGAUGCUGGGAAACUUGAAUGCCCUCCACUUCCAGAAGACGAAGCUGCUAUGAUCGUAUCAACCCGAAUUAGAGUAGGUCGCAACCUCGAUGGUUAUCCUCUUGGACCAGGAGUGAGCAAGGAACAGAGGGACGAGAUCAUGCAGAAGGUGGUGGAGGCUUGCAACACUUUUAGCGGAGACCUCAAGGGCACUUUCUACCCUCUGGAAGGAAUGGAAAAAGCUACACAGGAGCAAUUGAUUGCCGACCACUUCCUUUUCAAGGAAGGAGACCGAUUCUUGGAAGCAUGUGGCCUCAACAGAGACUGGCCUUCUGGGCGUGGAAUAUUCCACAAUGAUGACAAGAGCUUCCUGGUGUGGGUGAACGAAGAGGACCAGCUCAGAAUCAUCUCAAUGCAAAAGGGAGCUGAUAUUGGAGCUGUUUUCGAGAGGCUGAGCAGAGCCGUAGCACACAUUGAGACUGUUUCCAAGUUCUCCCAUGAUGACCACCUUGGUUACAUUACUUCAUGCCCUACCAACCUCGGUACUGCCUUGAGGGCCUCAGUUCACAUCAAGCUUCCCAAGCUCUCUGCUAAAAAAGAAGAAUUCCAGGCCAUUGCUGAGAAGUACAGUGUUCAAAUUCGAGGCAUCCAUGGAGAACACUCGGAAUCAUCCGACGGCAUUUUUGACAUUUCCAAUAAGAGGCGACUUGGUCGAUCUGAAGUUCAGCUAGUGCAAGAUAUGUAUGACGGAGUCAAAGCCAUGAUUGAGAGAGAGAAAGAAUUAGUUUUCGAAGACGAAUGCACUAGGUGUGGUCCGCAUCUAGAAGGUCCUGACUCUUUAACCAAGUUCCCCGCUUUUCCAGGUGGCACAAAAUCGUCUGUGGCUUGCUUCAAUACUCGUGAUGUUUGGGAGGAGCUCAAGGACAAACAAGAUGCCUAUGGGGUAUCGUACAAACUUUGUAUCUUCUCAGGCUGCAAGAACGUGGACUCCGGAAUUGGUGUAUACGCUGGAUCACACGACUCCUACAAGACGUUUGCCCUUCUGAUGGACAAAGUGAUCGAGGACUACCAUGGAUACAAACCAGAAGACACUCAUGUAUCUGACAUGGAUGCUGGGAAACUUGAAUGCCCUCCGCUUCCAGAAGACGAAGCUGCUAUGAUCGUAUCAACCCGAAUUAGAGUAGGUCGCAACCUCGAUGGUUAUCCUCUUGGACCAGGAGUGAGCAAGGAACAGAGGGACGAGAUCAUGCAGAAGGUGGUGGAGGCUUGCAACACUUUUGAAGGAGACCUUAAAGGCACUUUUUAUUCUCUGGAGGGAAUGGAAAAAGCUACCCAGGAGCAACUAAUUGCGGACCACUUUUUGUUUAAGGAGGGAGACCGAUUCUUAGAAGCAUGUGGCCUCAACAGAGACUGGCCUUCUGGACGUGGAAUCUUCCACAACAGUGACAAGACCUUCCUGGUGUGGGUGAACGAAGAGGACCAGCUCAGGAUCAUCUCUAUGCAAAAGGGAGCUGAUAUUGGAGCUGUUUUCGAGAGGCUGAGCAGAGCCGUAGCACACAUUGAGACCGUUGCCAAGUUCUCCCACGAUGACCACCUUGGUUACAUUACUUCAUGCCCUACCAACCUCGGUACUGCCUUGAGGGCUUCCGUUCACGUCAAGCUUCCAAAACUCUCGGCUAGAAAGAAAGAAUUCCAGGCUAUUGCUGACAAAUUCUCUGUACAGAUCAGAGGCAUCCAUGGAGAGCACUCUGAGUCAUCUGACGGCAUAUACGACAUCUCCAACAAGAGACGUCUUGGUCGAUCUGAAAUAAAUCUAGUCCAGGACAUGUACAAUGGAGUCAAAGCAAUGAUCCUAAGAGAGAAGGAAUUAGCCGAAGGAGUACUUUGUAGCUCUGACUUGGAGGGUCCUGAUAGCUUGACAGGUUUUCCUAUCUUCCCCGAAGGAACAAAUUCCUCUGUUGCACGAUUUAAUACAUACAAAAUAUGGAACGAGCUCAAGGACGGGAAGGACAUGCAUGGCGUUUCAUACAAGCUUUGUAUUUUCUCAGGCUGCAAGAACGUCGACUCUGGAAUUGGUGUAUAUGCUGGCUCACAUGACUCAUACAAGACGUUUGCCCCACUGAUGGACAAAGUGAUCGAGGACUACCAUGGAUACAAACCAGAGGAUACUCAUGUGUCUGACAUGGAUGCUGCGAAACUUGAAUGCCCUCCACUUCUACAAGAUGAAGCCGCUAUGAUUGUAUCAACUCGAAUCAGAGUAGGCCGCAAUCUCGAUGGUUAUCCUCUCGGCCCGGGAGUGAGCAAGGAACAAAGAGACGAGAUCAUGCAGAAGGUGGUGGAGGCUUGCAACACUUUUGAAGAAGAUCUGAAAGGCUCUUUCUAUCCUCUGGAAGGAAUGGAGAAAGCUACCCAAGAUCAGUUGAUCGCCGACCAUUUCCUUUUCAAAGAGGGUGAUAGAUUCCUGGAAGCAUGUGGCCUCAACAGAGACUGGCCUUCUGGGCGUGGAAUAUUCCACAAUGAUGACAAGAGCUUCCUGGUGUGGGUGAACGAAGAGGACCAGCUCAGGAUUAUCUCAAUGCAAAAGGGAGCUGAUAUUGGAGCUGUUUUCGAGAGACUAAGCCGUGCUGUAGCCCACAUUGAGACCGUUGCCAAGUUCUCCCACGAUGACCACCUUGGUUACAUCACUUCAUGCCCUACCAACCUCGGUACUGCUUUGAGGGCCUCUGUUCACAUCAAGCUUCCUAAACUCUCUGCCAGGAAAGAUGAGUUCCAAGCUAUCGCUGACAAAUUCUCUGUGCAGAUCAGGGGCAUCCAUGGAGAGCACUCUGAGUCGUCUGAUGGUGUAUAUGACAUCUCCAACAAGAGGCGACUUGGUCGUUCUGAAGUACAGCUAGUCCAGGAUAUGUAUAAUGGAGUCAAGGCUAUGAUUCAGAAGGAGAAAGAAUUAGCUGAGGAAGAUGUUCUAUGUAGUUCUCUUCUACAUGGUCCUGACAGUUUGACUGGAUUUCCAAUAUUCCCUAGUGAAACAAAAUCGUCUGUAGCUCGAUUCAACACUCGUGAAGUUUGGGCCGAUUUGAAAAAUAAGAAGGAUGAAUAUGGCGUGUCUUACAAGCUUUGCAUCUUUUCUGGCUGCAAAAAUGUGGACUCUGGAAUCGGAGUGUAUGCUGGAUCAUACGACUCUUACAAAGCUUUUUCUCCUCUGAUGGACAAAGUAAUCGAGGACUACCAUAGAUACAAACCAGAAGACACUCAUGUGUCUGACAUGGAUGCUGGAAAGCUUGAAUGCCCUCCACUUUUAGAAGAUGAAGCUGCUAUGAUCGUAUCAACCCGAAUUAGAGUAGGCCGCAACCUCGAUGGAUAUCCUCUUGGACCAGGAGUGAGCAAGGAACAGAGGGACGAGAUCAUGCAGAAGGUGGUGGACGCUUGCAAUACGUUUGAAGGAGACCUCAAAGGCACUUUUUAUUCUCUGGAAGGAAUGGAAAAAGCUACUCAAGAGCAAUUGAUUGCUGACCACUUCCUUUUCAAAGAGGGUGAUAGAUUCUUGGAAGCAUGUGGCCUCAACAGAGACUGGCCUUCUGGACGUGGAAUCUUCCACAAUGAUGACAAGAGCUUCCUGGUGUGGGUGAACGAAGAGGACCAGCUCAGGAUCAUCUCAAUGCAAAAAGGAGCUGAUAUUGGAGCUGUUUUCGAGAGGCUGAGCAGAGCCGUAGCACACAUUGAGACCGUUGCCAAGUUCUCCCACGAUGACCACCUUGGUUACAUCACUUCAUGUCCUACCAACCUCGGUACUGCCUUAAGGGCUUCCGUUCACAUCAAGCUUCCUAAGCUCUCAGUCAGAAAGAAAGAAUUUCAGGCUAUUGCUGACAAAUUUUCAGUUCAGAUCAGGGGCAUCCAUGGAGAGCACUCUGAGUCAUCUGACGGCAUCUACGACAUAUCCAACAAGAGGCGACUCGGAAGGUCAGAAGUUCAGUUAGUCCAGGACAUGUACAAUGGGGUCAAAGCAAUGAUCCUAAGAGAAAAGGAGUUAGCUGAGGGAGUACUUUGUAGCUCUGACUUGGAGGGUCCUGAUAGCUUGACAGGUUUUCCUAUCUUCCCCGAAGGAAUAAAUUCCUCUGUUGCACGAUUUAAUACGUACAAAGUAUGGAACGAGCUCAAGGAUGGGAAGGACAUGCAUGGCGUUUCAUACAAGCUUUGUAUAUUCUCAGGCUGCAAGAACGUCGACUCUGGAAUUGGUGUAUAUGCUGGCUCACACGACUCAUACAAGACGUUUGCCCCACUGAUGGACAAAGUGAUCGAGGACUAUCAUGGAUACAAACCAGAAGACACUCAUGUGUCUGACAUGGAUGCUGGCAAACUUGAAUGCCCUCCACUUCCAGAAGAUGAAGCCGCUAUGAUCGUAUCAACCCGAAUUAGAGUAGGCCGCAAUCUCGAUGGUUAUCCUCUCGGCCCGGGAGUGAGCAAGGAACAGAGGGACGAGAUCAUGCAGAAGGUGGUGGAGGCUUGUAACACUUUUGGCGGAGAUCUCAAGGGCACUUUCUUCCCUCUGGAAGGAAUGGAAAAGACUACACAGGAGCAAUUGAUUGCUGAUCACUUUUUGUUCAAGGAGGGUGAUAGAUUCCUGGAAGCAUGUGGCCUUAACAGAGACUGGCCUUCUGGGCGUGGAAUAUUCCACAACAAUGACAAAACCUUCCUGGUGUGGGUGAACGAAGAGGACCAGCUCAGAAUCAUCUCAAUGCAAAAGGGAGCUGAUAUCGGAGCUGUUUUCGAGAGGCUGAGCAGAGCCGUAGCACACAUUGAGACCGUUGCCAAGUUCUCCCACGAUGACCACCUUGGUUACAUUACUUCAUGCCCCACUAACCUCGGUACUGCUUUGAGGGCUUCUGUUCACAUCAAGCUUCCCAAACUCUCUGCCAGGAAAGAUGAGUUCCAAGCUAUCGCUGAUAAAUUCUCUGUACAGAUCAGGGGCAUUCAUGGAGAGCACUCUGAGUCGUCCGACGGUAUCUAUGACAUCUCCAACAAGAGACGGCUCGGAAGGUCUGAAGCUCAACUUGUUCAAGAUAUGUACGAUGGAGUCAAAGCAAUGAUUCAGAGGGAGAAAGAGUUGUAGAAAAACAACAUUGUGUAUUCUAUAUAAUUGUGACAGCAUUAGUUUUUUUAUGAUACAAACGUUGCGAAUAGUUUUAGAGAUUAUUUUGAACAAGGUAUAGUUUCUGUAGUAACCAUAAUUAUUACGAUUAACUAGACUA